GAUGACCAGAGACUGCGGACACAGUACAGGUGAUGACCAGAGAUGCGGACACAGUACAGGUGAUGACCAGAGACUGCGGACACAGUACAGGGGAUGACCAGAGACUGCGGACACAGUACAGGAGAUGACCAGAGACUGCGGACACAGUACAGGAGAUGACCAGAGACUGCGGACACAGUACAGUACAGGAGAUGACCAGAGACUGCGACACAGUACAGGAGAUGACCAGAGACUGCGGACAGUACAGGAGAUGACCAGAGAAUGCGGACAAAGUACAGGAGAUGACCAGAGACUGCGGACACAGUACAGGAGAUGACCAGAGACUGCGGACA